UGGCUGAAAUCAAGGAGUUGAAAGAGAAGAUGCAAAAAGAGGAUGAUAUUCUUUUGGCUAUUGCUGCUGGUCGAGGACCAUAUUUAGUUCCCCACCUUGAAUAUGAAUAUUCAGAUAUUUGCAUUCAUGAGGACUUGUAUAAACUUGUCCAAUUUUCAUGUGAAGAGAUAUGCUCAACCAAAGACCAAUUCAAUAAAGUCAUGAGGCUUUGGACUGCAUUCUUGGAGCCAAUGCUAGGAAUUCCUCCUCAUUCUGAUGGUCAUAAAGGUGUUGAAGAUGUUGGAAACAUCAAGCGUCUGGAUGUGAAUUGCUCUACAUCAGGCAUAGCUGAAACUGAUGGAAGUCCUGGGACUGAUACAAACUUACCAAAUGCUAAGCAGUUAAAGUCUGCUGACAAUGGAGAUGACAAUGCUUCACAGAUGCUAUCCAAGUUUAAUGGAGCUGGGAAUGUGGAUUCUUCAACCAAACAAAGUCUUCAGGUAGGAAAAGAGCAGAAGAACACUGAGCCUGAGAAAAGGUCUGCCACUAGCACACAUACAUUUUCUGUUGAAAGAGUGGCCAGUUCAAUUGCCCUACUAGCAAUUGGAACAGAAAACAUCCAUGGGAGAACUGGAAGUGAAGUGAUGUCAGGUUCCCAUGCAAUGCCAUCCAGACCUGGUGAUGCUAUCAGUGAGGACAAUAGAUCUGACGCUAAUCUUGAUGUUGUGUCUCCAUCAGAG